GAGGGGAGGGGCCGGAAGCAACUCUACGCUUCCCGGUUGCUAAGAGACGGGGCUUCCACAAGCCAGACCGAGGUUCUCCCGCUUCUUUUCCUCCCUUUUUCUGCUUCAGCGUCACCGAAUCCGGCUACCAUGUCGGACCCAGAAGCUGAGAGCUUGCGAAGCACCUUUCCCUCUUACAUGGCGGAGGGCGAGCGGCUGUAUCUGUGCGGAGAGUUCUCUAAAGCCGCCCAUAGCUUCAGCAACGCUCUUCACCUUCAGAAUGGAGAUAAGAACUGCCUGGUUGCCCGAUCCAAGUGCUUCCUGAAGAUGGGAGAGCUGGAGAAGUCCCUGAAGGAUGCCGAGGCUUCACUCCAGAGUGACCUGACUUUCUGCAAGGGGAUUUUACAAAAGGCUGAGACCCUGUACACCAUGGGAGACUUUGAGUUUGCCCUGGUGUUCUAUCAUCGAGGCUACAAGUUGCGGCCUGACCGAGAAUUCAAAGUUGGAAUUCAGAAAGCUCAGGAGGCUAUCAACAACUCAGUGGGAAGUCCUUCUUCAAUUAAGCUAGAGAACAAAGGGGACCUCUCCUUCUUAAGCAAGCAAGCUGAGAGUAUGAAAGCCCAGCAGAAGCCUCAUCCUGUGAGACAACUCUUACAUCACCCCAAGAGGGAGUCCAAGCGGAAGGGCUCACUCAAGAGUGAGAAGAUUGUCCGCCAGCUCCUGGGCGAGCUCUACGUGGAUAAGGAGUAUCUGGAGAAGCUCCUAUUGGAUGAAGACCUGAUCAAAGGCACCAUUAAGCAUGGCCUGACCGUGGAGGACCUCAUCAUGACAGGCAUCAACUACCUGGACACCCGCAGUAACUUCUGGAGGCAGCAGAAGCCCAUCUAUGCCAGGGAGCGGGACCGGAAGCUGAUGCAAGAGAAAUGGCUACGGGACCGCAAGCGCCGUCCCUCACAGACAGCCCAUUACAUCCUCAAGAGCCUCGAGGACAUCGACAUGUUGCUGAGCAGUGGCAGUGCUGAUGGCAGCCUUCAGAAAGCUGAGAAAGUGCUGAAGAAAGUGCUGGAAUGGAACAAAGAGGAGGUGCCCAACAAGGACGAGCUGGUUGGAAACUUGUACAGCUGCAUAGGGAAUGCCCAGAUUGAGCUGGGGCAGAUGGUCGCAGCCCUGCAGAGCCACAGAAAGGACUUGGAGAUCGCCAAGGAAUAUGACCUUCCUGAUGCUAAGUCAAGAGCCCUUGACAACAUUGGCAGGGUUUUUGCCAGAGUUGGGAAAUUCCAGCAAGCCAUUGACACGUGGGAGGAGAAGAUCCCUCUGGCAAAAACCACCCUGGAGAAGACCUGGCUGUUCCACGAGAUCGGCCGCUGCUACUUGGAGCUGGACCAGGCCUGGCAGGCCCAGCAUUACGGUGAGAAGUCCCAGCAGUGUGCUGAGGAAGAAGGGGACAUCGAGUGGCAGCUGAAUGCCAGCGUUCUGGUGGCUCAGGCACAAGUCAAGCUGAGAGACUUUGAGUUGGCCGUGAGCAACUUUGAGAAGGCCCUAGAGAGAGCGAAGCUGGUCCACAACAACGAGGCGCAGCAGGCCAUCAUCAGCGCCUUGGAUGAUGCCAACAAGGGUAUCAUCGAAGAGCUGAAGAAAACAGACUACAGGGAGACGCUGAGAGAAAAGAGAGAGAGAGAAGAGGCCGCUGAAUUGGAAACCUUGAGAGCGGCGGCGGCAGGGAAGGAGAAGGAAAGCACGAGAAGAGGGAGAGACGAGCCCGAGAAGGUGAUGAAGCACUGGGAGCGAGAGCCAGCUGACAGUGAGAAAGAGACAGAAGAUGAGUUGUCUCAGGAAACUCUGAGGGUCGCAGUGAGUGGACAAGAAGAAAACAGGCAGAGAGAAGUAGGGGAAGCCAGCUCCUUCAGAACAGGGCUGGGAGCCACAGGGCAAGACUCAGGAGAUGUUGCCAAGAGAGUGUCCAGAGACCUGGGCACAGAAAGCAAAGGAGAGGAGGACGGGAAACCGUUAGAAGUGGGCAGAAUGGAAUCAAGAGAAAUUUACAGGAGGCCUUCAGAGCUGGACCAGAAACCCUCAGCAGAAUUAAGCAGAAGGGAAUCAGAAGGACUGGAGAGUCAAGUUUCAGAAGACAACAGAAGAGAGUCAGAAGAAAUAGGGAAAACAGAACUGGGAGAAACAGCAGAAGUGACAAAGGCAGAAAAUGGUGAAAACGUGGAAGAAGGUGAAAAAGAAGAUGAAUGAAGCAGCAGGCAUCAGGACCAGGGGCCUCGGGGAUCUUAUUCAACUGGACUUGAAAUUUCAGGCUGAGAUAUUUCUUUCAUAGGAGAACACGUGGACUGGGCUCCUCCACAGGUCGCCUCUGCCUCUUUCUGUUACUGUUUUCCUUUCAAUAGAUACCUUUCACUCUUACAAA